AUGAAGUCAGCUCGCACUACCGCAAAGGUACGUCCUGGGCGACUUCCGUAUAGCACCACAGUGCGUAGAGGCCGUCACGCACGCUCGCUGCUGUCACGAGUCGCCCACGGCGUCGGUGCAGUAAUGGCAAAGGCGAAUUUUCUGCGACGACUGCCGUCGUUGGAGGCGCACGGCGCACUGGGACUCACUGAGAGUCCCCUGUCGUCAUCGUCAUCGGUCACACCGCCGGCCCUCGCGCCCGGCGAUAUCCUGCGCGACCUCGCCUUCUUCACGCAGGCCUCGGAGGUGAGCUUCUUUUCGACGCACCCGUCGCUGUGUGCAGAUGUAUUCGGUGUUGCGCCAGGGGAAGUCUUCGAGGUUGGCGAUAGCCGUGCUAGCACAUCUAGCGGCAGAGUUGAAGGAGAGGCUAGCAGCAGCACUGCGGGAGAGGUCAUUGUCGUGGUUGGCGCGCGCGGCGGCAAGUUAUGGGUGUGGGCAUACAGUGAUGCAUAUGCGCGUGUGUUGCGCGUCCCUGCGCUCACCAUCUCCGCUACGUCAUUAAAUGCAACAGAGGUGCGCGCAGCCAUUGUGGCGCACCACCAACUGCGAGAACUUGUCAACCCGUCACGUGCACAGCACAGCACCGCCGGUAGGAAGGUGCGGGAUCAGAGCGCUCAAGUGGGGCUCAUUAAGAACGUGUGUGCGGCCUUUCAGAGUCUCUGCGCCCGCGCGUGCGAGGAGGCGGGGCGGCUGUACACGCCAGAUCAGCAAGCAUUCCUACAAUGUGCUCCUGACUUGUACGUGGCUGCGACAAGAGGUGCUGACUGGGCGGCCAGCCCCUCGGCUGCCACAUCGCCCGCAGCGGGAGUGAACUCAGAGCCGCAGCAGCAGCAGCCAGAUCACCCUCCUGAACUAUAUUUACCUUCGUUUCUCUUGAACUCGAUCUACACAGACAUCGCCCGCCACGCACCACACACCGCCACCGUGGUUCUGCUUGUGCCGCGCGUGGCGCUGGCGACUGGGGCCGUCGGCUGGGCAGGCGAAGGUGACGUGUUGCUGACCGACACGCCCGUCGGCCAAGGGGGCUAUGGUGAGGCCUCUCUGUCAGCCUCGGUCGUGAUCUAA